AUUAAAUUGGUAUCUAAAUAAGGAAGGAAAGAGGUGUUUUUAUAGGAGAAGUAAGGUGGUUGGGUCUAAGACAUAAUCUAAUUUUCCCAUGUUCACUUGUUUUAUUUGAUCUCUUAUGAUCUCCGGGUCGAAUCAUAUCCGAUUUUUCACACAUCUUUGUCCUCCAUGAAGCUUCCUCUUGUCUCCAAUGCUCCUUCCUUAUGCUCCCAAGAUCCUUCCUCUUCUUUUCAUCAUGGUUUUGCUUACAUGUCAAAAUAUCCUAAUAUCUUCUAAUUCUUCUUUAAUUUUAGAAGAUUAAAGAUUACACCGUAAUUGUACAAAAGCUAAGUAAACAUAAUGUAAAACCAUCCUAAAAUGUGGUAUUUAUGUACUUCUAAAUAGUACACAUCAAUUACAAACAUUAUGCAUGACAAUAUUGGAGGAUUAAAUGAUGAUUUUGCAAAGAUAAAAAUUGCUCAUGAGUUCUUGAUUAAAUAUGUUGAAGAUCCCAUAACAAACAUGGUUGAAUACAUUUAUCCUUCCAUUGCUACCGUUGAUGAUGAUCCGAGUUAUUUGAAAAAAAGAACAAUAUUAGCACCCACUCUUGACGUUGUGGAUUUCAUCACUGGACUAAGCCUUGCAUGUCCUAGUCACUAUACUAACCCCUCGUUACAUGUCCUAGUCGCUAUCCCAACCCACCGCCCAAGCCCCAGCCCGCUCAUUGACCACCGCCUCCUUUGCAGUUACAGUGACUGCCGUCGGCGGUGCUGACACUACCCCACCCCUACAACCGCCACAAUCCACACCACAACACAGCCAAACAACUCCACCACCCCAGCCAAAAAAUCACAGCCCCAAUCCAGAAAAUCACUGUCAAAACACGCAAAAAAUCAGAAAUCGUAGUUUUCGAUCAACAAUACCGAUGACGAUGAACGAUCUAGGGCUCCUGGUUUGGACUUAGCGAUGGCGGCAACGUUUUUGAAAAAUAAGAAAGGAGAAGAAGAAUAGAGGUGUGGCAGCGGCGGCGGGCGGGUGAAGCAGCAACUGCAACGACCACCAUCGAUACACAAGUGGAUGCACGGAAUAGUCCCGGUCGACGAUUUUGAUACACGAAGCUUGACUGCGAUACUAGAUGGCGGUGCAGAUGGAUGUUAGUGAAUCUUCGAAGAGUCAUCACUCCCACUCUCAGCUUCAUC